AUAAGAUUCUAUCGAGUAUUUAGUAAAAGAUUAAGAUAUAGGUUUUCUUGAAGUAGUUAUUGAUUUAAGAAAAUGGAUCGUACAAACAUGACAAGUCCGUUGGGAAAAACAGUAGCUUCACCUAGGAAACGAUUGUCGAUCAUUCAAUCGCUAAAGAAAAAUAGCUCCACAACUAGUGCAGCUGGACGUACAAAUCAAUCUAUACAAGUAAUAUGCAGGACACAAAGUCAUGUAGUAGAGAAUUUUGGUUCUCCAUUACCAGUCCUGGUUACAGAGGCAUUGACAUUUGUAGAUCGGAAUACAGCUGUUAGCGUUAAUAUAUCUGAGGAUGGUUGGGCCUGGCUUGUUUAUGGCCGUAAAUUACUUGUAUGGCAAUGUAAAGCUAAUAUUCAUGAUUCAAAACAGAGGAGAACCUUUAAGAGUCAAUGUCGUGAAUUGUUAUUGCCUCAAAGUGAUCUAGCUCAUAAAGCAGACUGUAUAGCAGUUUGGGUGCUGCCUGGUCACCAGGUUCCUAGUUGCAUGGCAGUCUCGCCAGAAGGAGUAGUGCGUUUCUGGGCGAGUGUGGCACAUGAAGGAUCUUCUGUGGAGACAAGUGCUGAGCUUGCAGGACAAGAAGUAGAUUGUCUUAUACACGUUCCAGGCCAUGGGUGCAUUCUAGCCACUACCACAUGUACGGUAGCGCUCUUACAGCCGCAAUUCAACAAUGGAAAGAACAAUAUUACAUGCCAAGUGCUUCGAACGAGUCAAGGAUGGCUCGGUGGUAUAGGUCGCAAAAUGACCUCCCUCAUUUUUGGAGCGAUACCACAGUCGCCUGUUACAGAGACGAAAUUGGUAAAAGUUACGUGCACAUUACUGAACGAGAGAGGAUCAAGAGUUCUCAUUCUUGCCGGAUCUUCUUUGCAAUAUUGGUUCUUUUCUCAUAACGAACAGGAGAAAAUGGAAUUUGACGAAGACAUCACUGAUAUCGUCAGCACUCAAAAUAUGAGCACAUGGUUCGUUGAUAUGCAAACGUGUGAAGAAGGAAUAGUCCUUUUAAUGGCAGCCUAUUGCGCUGAUAUUUCUAUUCAAAUUCAUUUUGCACUCGGACUAUUGCCUUUAGUCGGCACGACACUAUCAAACUCAUUUAAAUGGUUUAUACCGGUGAAAAUCGAUCCAAUAUUUUAUCACAAUGAUAUAGAGUCGAGACUAGUUUCUUAUCAUUUCAUAUUGUGCGGUUGGGAGGCGAUUAUAUACAAUCGGCAUAAUGUACUUGUGGUUAACACUGCGUCUGAGGUCGAGCAAGAUAAGAUCGAUCUGGUGAGAGGCAGCGAGGACGGUAUACUCGGCGGUGCUAUAUGCUCAGCGACUCCGGUAUUGUUCACAAAAAGUAUCGGUCUUGUGUCCAUUGUACCGGUAGACUUUGCAGUGCAAGAUUUCAACACUGGAUACACGGACACUACCAUGAGUAUGGAUUACACCUAUAAAGUAAAUCAAACGGCCCAAAACUUUUCCACUCUUAUAAGUAACGACGAGUUGCAGGAUAUGUAUUGCAGUUCUGAUACAGUCACACAAUUACGUGCCGCCUUUCUCCUCAGCCUUCGACAGAAUAAAGCACAAUGUAAUGAGAUUCUCUCCCAGCUGUUCCCUCUGCAGGAGGACCCGGUAAUGGACAUCGAUGCUACUCUUGACACGCUCAUUUUAAAGGUCGCGAAGGAUUUAAUCGACGAUUAUCCGGCCAAUGAUCCGAGAUGGGCCCACCAUAGAGAUCUGUCAAUAACGAUGAACGCGGUCACUUCUAUGCAAAUACCACAUCAGCUGGAGGGUAAGCAAAAAGCGUUAGAUCUCUUUAUAAUGUUCUUGAAAGAGCACAACUUGUGGAAUAGGUUUUGUGCUGUUACGUGUAGGGGUACUAUUAUGUCCACAUCUCAUGUGCUCGGUGAAUACGCAGAGAAAGUAGUUGCGGCAGUGACACUGUACAGUUUGCAAAAUAGAUAUGCAGAGAUCAUAGAUGCUGUUGUGAACCAAACUUUGAAUGAGAAAGAUGCGUAUGUGUCUGAUGAGCUGACAGUGUGCGAUGUAUUCUAUCGUGAGGUAAGCACAGUGCAUCUAUUCCUGCCAAUAUUGGUAGAGAAGGCGCAUGAAGUCACGCAAUCUGAAAGACCUUUGCAACAAGUUGGACAAUACAUCAUGCAAGUCAAUACCAUUUUAUUGACUGUAUUAUACGAGGUAGUAAAGUAUCGUCAGUAUAACGCUGAACGCUUCGUCCCUGCCAAGUUUUCCAAUGAAAUAACAGAAUACCUUCCUUGGACAGCUGCGCCAGGUAAGGAUGGGUUGAGAAGCUGUCUUAAUACGAUGCAGAGUAUCACCAUCAAGCACGGUAUAACAGGAACCGGCGACUCCACUGUGAGGAACGAGCUGUAUGAGCAAUUAGUUAGUCUGAUUGAUUUGAUAUUGGAUGGGAGAAAAUGUCACUUAGAGAGCAUUCGUGGCACAGAAAAAUUCGAAGUUCUCCUAAAGCAAUAUGAGACAGAGCGCGCUAAUUUGAUACAACCGCUGAUAAAGGAAGAACAAUAUGAUAACGCCGCGAUGCUUGCUGAGAAAUAUUGUGACUUUCCUUCGCUCGUACAGAUCUGCGAGUUAACCGACAAUAAGAAUCGACUAGACGGAUACAUCGAGAAAUUUGCGGUUCAAGAUUUCGCUGGCUUCUUAUUCUCUUGGUACGUGAAAGACGGACGUCAGGGUCAAUUGGUUGAGAGAUGCAGACGCGGCGGUACCGCGGAGCUAACGGAAAAGCUGUCGGAGCAUCCUACUUUGUCCUGGGUGCAAGCUGCAUUGACUGAUGAGCUGCGAUUCGCCGCCAAUACGCUUCAUACCUUAGCGGUUCAAGAAUCCGAGCUAGUCACUCGUAAAAAGUCGAUGCUAUCGUUGGCCAAACUGGCUCUGCUCGCGUCGGACGAAUCGGAGGAUAAAGUAAUGGACUGCGUGAAAACGAUUGAUAAUGAAUUAACGCUCAUAGCUUAUCAGGAAGAUCUGCCGGCACAGGUGCUCACGGCAUAUGGCUACGAUAUUAAAAAGCUGCGGGUGCUCACACCGCGAGAAUUAAUUAUGCUUUAUACCUCGAAUGACAAUGUUAUCGCCAAUGAGUACGAUUUCAAGAAGGCCCUUGAUUUGCUGGACUAUGUAGAACAUGAAGAAGAUAAAUCAUCGCUGAGAUUACAAAUAUGGGCGCGUGCGGCUCGGCGAAAUCAGUGGGACAAUGUGGAAAAGAAUCCUGAGCAACAGGUUCAGGAGACGCUACUUUUCAAGUUAAUGGAUCUUACUUACUUUAUGGGUGGAAAAGUAGAUGAAUUUUUGCCACACAUUGAUAUGCUUCUGAAGGAACCAGAGCUCGGGGAACUUGCUACUUCCAGUAAUUUCCAGUUUCUUAUAAAAUUAAUAUAUGAAUACGCUUAUCGAAGUUAUUGAUGUAUAAAAUAUU